AUGCAAGCUUCGAGCGACCAUGUGUCCUUGUCUUCAGCAACGAAGGGCGCAAUCGUAUCCCUCAUAAGAUCAUGGCAGACAUGCCCUUGGAUCUCCAAGGAGCACAGGCCCGAGAAGAAGGAGGUGUUUCGAACCCUGCCGGCGGAGACAACGAGCAGGGACAGGGCGCCGACAAAUCGCAAUUGCGGCUCAAGGACGAGGUGGGCAAGGAAGAAGAUGCAUGCCAAUCCAGCGCAGCACUCAGUUGCAAAUAUCGCAUGGGGCGCACUGAGAAGUUGGAUCCACCGCCGUACAACCUUUGGGCAACGCUGUGCCGUCGCAUGAAGGGGAGUGGCAUCAGCAUCGACACCCUAUCCCUGGACAUGACGAAUGCCUUUGCCGGUGGCGAGGUGUUGGAAAUCCUGGUGACGGCCAUAACCAUGGACGGUGCCUACAUAGAAGGCGCUGGCUUCUGGACAGCGCUAGGAGAGAACACGGCAACUCACCUCGUUCUCCAGCUUGAUCGGGUCCGGUCGGUGAUUGAUGUCUACCAGCCUCCAACGAGCUUCCGCACCAGUGACCGCCAGAGUCAGGAGGAGGUUGUCCUUGGAGUCGGAGAUGGAUGGCUGGAUGUAAUCGCUUUGCAGCCUUGUGCCCCUCCGAUGAGCCACAAGGUCAAGCGGACUGUGAUCGUCGAUGCCGCGCAAAUGGUCAUUGCCUCAGUUGUGCAACCUGGAACUGUGUCGCGGAUGUUUUACACGUAUUCGCUGGAGAGUGUGACGAGCUACCGUAUUGUCACAGCAGAGGCUUAUCCUCAGAACUUCGACGUGAGCGUGGAAUAUCUGAGCUCUCCCGCCCCGGUGAUUCUGGGGUUCUCAGUGGUCAUGUUGCCAACAACUCCGAUGAAGCCUCGAGUCGCUGAUGACCGGUUGCUAUACUUCACAACAGAUUUCGUGGACGUGGGCUAUCACCAAGCGGAUAUGCACACGCUGCCAAGUGAGGCGGUGGACCGGCAGAUCUCGUUGAUGUGGCGCUGGGACCUCGGGAAGCUGCCCAACCGGACCAUCAGGAUACACAUCGACCCAACAGUACCGCUGCGCUGGCAAGCCUGGGUCAAAGAAGGUGUUGAGGCCUGGAAUUCGGCCUUCGCAACACUGCGAAUGCCAUCGGCAGUGAGAGCUGUUCUGCCUUCUGACGAUGACUGGCCGCAGGACUACAGCAUGGCCGAUGCACGGUACAACACGAUCUACUGGUCUCUGUCUGAUGACAUCUCCAGUGAAGGUGAUGCUCAGGUGGAUCCGAGAACCGGUGAGAUUAUCAAAGCCGACAUCCGCAUGGGCAGCGGCUGGGUGUGGGCUUGGCUUUCUGAACUUGAUCUCCUGGCGGCCAACGCUACUCGGGAGGAUCGCCUCGCUCUCUUGGGCCAAGGCAGAUUCUACCAGAUGUGCUUAGGCUUCGGCCUCUCUCGGUAUUUUCUCUGGGUAACCGUCGGCGAGACGCGGCAACCAUAUGCUGGAUCAAACGUUGAAGCGGCUCCAGCAUUGAAUGCGGUCUCUAACAGCCUGCGAGAUGAAGCGGUUCUUUGGAGUGUGCAAUGCCUUUGGUGUGGUGAGUGGGAUGCAGCUGCCCAAGCGUUCCAGAAGGCAAAGAUUUUUUUGGGGACACAAUUGCCCGGCCGCGUGGUAGACCCGGGCGCCUGCCUGGUGACCUGGCAGGUCAGCGGGGCGGUCGAGGCGGCCGACAAGGUCCAUGUUGGCGAGUCUGGCGAGACUUCCGAGGCUUGGCAUGUGCACUGGCGACAGGUGUUGAUGGGAGAAGGCCUGAAGAGCGUGGUGAUGCACGAAAUGGGGCACAUCCUUGGCUUGAGGCACAACUUCAAGGGGAGCACCUUCAUCUCUGAGAACUGCUUGGAGAAUCGCAGCUGCACCGCCGUCCACGGGCUCUCCGCGAGCAUCAUGGACUAUUUGCCCAUGAACUUGCCGGAGCCGGGGCGCGAGCCCAACUCCGUUCACAUCUUCCCACCGACCAUCGGCGCUUACGACAAGCUCGCCAUCCGCUACGGGUACUCCGAGCCUUCCGAAUCGCCCACAGAGGCUUUCUAUGGGCUCGCAGCUCUGUUGGAGGAAGCGAAGGCUUUCGAUGUCUGCUACGAUGCAGACGCGGAGUUAGGUGAGGAUCCCUUCUGCAUGACCGAAGACCUCGGCGAGGACCCUGUGGCCUUCCACGAGAAGCGCCUGACUCGAAUUGCACGAGUGCAGGGCGAGCUGCACAAGCGCUACGUGCAGGCUGAUGGACCCUGGCGCAACUACGGCAACUCAUUGGGCUCGCUGCUGAGGGAAGCAGAGGUCGUCGGUCUCGGCCUUAUACCCUGGGUGGGUGGAAUCCGGAACAGCUACGCCCACCGCGGUCCAGUGUGGAAUGCAUCAAAGGCCCGCCGGCCGGUGCCUCUUCAGAUGCAGCGUCGGGCACUGGAGGCAGUGCUGAAACUGCUUCGACCCGAUGCUGCUGGCCUCCUGCCACCAGCAGAGGCGCUGCCGUUUGCAGUGACUGGAGAGGAGGAUUCUCUCAAAAGCCUGGACCUUGUACGACUCUCUGAGAACCUCAUCAAGAAGCUCUUGGCCAAGCUGUUGUCGUCCAAGCGCUUGUUGCAGGAGCUCCUCGUGGCUUCCUCCACCCCGCAAAGUGCCGCUCUGCUGCAGAAACGGGGCAAUCUGCUCGAGGUUGCAGUCAGCACGAUGCAAGCAUCUGAUGGGGCUGAUGCCCUGUCUGUGGAGGAGUUCCUCACCAGGAUGAGCGAUGGAAUCUUGGGAGGUUUCCACUUGGACAGCCAUCCAGAAGCUUCGGCCUCGCUGACAGCAGAAAUGACACUUCAGCUGGAGUUUGUUCGGAGCAUGACCGCACUGUACCACGAGAAGGACCUCCCUGCUUCGCUCGAGGCGCAGCUCUUGCUUCAGCUGCACCAGCUACGGCGGGACAUCGCGGCAGAGGAGCGGCGACUUCGGAAGGCCGGGGAUGAUUCGAUCGCAAGAGAGAGGCCGACGCUUCUGGAGGUGCAUGUGACACUGCUCAAGCGUGAGCUUGUGUCAGCACUUUGUGGAAAAGGUGACAAAGAGGACUGCAAGGAAGCCAAGUCCUACGGACAUCAAGUCAAAUCGAUGAUGUGGACAGUCGUAACAGGGACGGCAACAAGUUUCGUGAUUGGUGUCACUGUGCUACAACUUGUGAAGACAUGCUCACAGCCGGAGUGCCGAGGCACUGUCUGCCUGUUUGUUCCUGCUAUGGUAGAGUCGCUGGUCCUCGGUGACGGAUCGCAGCCUGUCUGCAAGAUGUGCUUUCGCAGAAGCAGCCUUACGAACGUGCCCAACUCCGGAGAAGCUCGAGAGAGGUUGCAGGUCUUGUCGCCUUGA